AUGACCAAAACAGCCGCCACCACCCCCUCCUCCCCCACCCCUUCCGACUUCGUCCUCACCGACCGCGGCGGCAUCAUCGAAAACCGCCACGCCGUCCACGCCGCCAUCGUCUCCUCCUCCCCCACCACCACCACCCCCACCCCCGCUGCGCCCCCAAACCGCCCCUCCCUCCUCUACUCCCUCGGCAACCCCCACCGCCCCACCCUCAUCCGCUCCGCCGCCAAGCCCGCCCAAGCCCUCGCCAUCCUCUCCACCGGCUGCUUCCGCACCUGCGCCUACACCCCCGCCGACCUCGCCCUCAUCUGCGCCUCCCACUCCAGCGAGCCGCGCCACCUCUCCCGCGCCGCCGCCAUGCUCGCCCGAGCCGGCCCCGAGCUCCUCGAAUCCGACCUCCGCUGCGGCGGCCACCCCGCCCUCCUCAACGCCGCCGUCGACCGCGCCUGGAUCAAGUCCGACUUCGUGCCCGGCCCGCUCUGCAACAACUGCUCCGGCAAGCACGUCGGCAUGCUGGCCGGCGCCCUCGCCCUCGGCGCCGACCCCGCCGCGUAUCAUCUCCUCGAAAGCCCGAUGCAGGAGCGCGUCAGGGAGGCCGUGGAGGCGACGUGCGGGCUGCGCGCGGAGGACGUGCGGUGGGCGGUUGACGGGUGCAAUCUCCCUGCGCCGGCGGUGCCGUUGGAUGCGUUGGCGGGGAUGUACGCGGCGUUUGCGGCGGCGAGGGACGCGGCGGGGGAUGGCGAUGGUGGGGCGGGGGGCGGGGCGGACUCGGGGGGCGGGCUGGGUGCGCGUGGGGACGCGGAGAGGCGGGCGGACAUGGCGAGGGUUUUUGACGCGAUGGCGGCGUAUCCCGAGAUGGUGGGGGGGGAGGGGCGGUUCUGCACGGUGCUGAUGGAGGCGUUUGGUGGGAUGCUGAUCGGGAAGGUGGGGGCGGAUGGCUGCUAUGGGGUUGGCGUGAGGGCGUCGGAGCAGACGAGGCGGUUGGGGGCCGAGGGCGCGCUGGGCAUCGCGGUCAAGAUCGAGGAUGGCAGCGUGGAGAUUGUGUAUGCGGUGGUGGCCGAGAUUUUGGAGCAGCUGCAGAUCGGGACCCCGGAGAUGCGGGAGAAGUUGGCGGCGUUCCAUCAUUUGAAACGGUUGAAUACCGCUCAGGUCGUCACUGGCAAGGUGUCUAUGCCCUUCAAGGUGCGCGGAUUUGGUGCUGCUGAUCCGGUCUUGAGGACGGAGGAGAGAUAG